AUGAGCAACGAGAGAAGAACGAAGGGAACGCUCAUUACCAUUUGCUUCGGAGUUUUUACUGUGCUUUUGAUUGGCGGCUUUUAUUUUAUGAAGUGUUUUCUCAGAUAUAAAAACAACCGGGAGCGAAACAGAGUCCUCUUCCUCGAAUCCCAAUCAUCCCGAAUCCAUCAUCUUUCAACCGUCCAAACUCUGAGCCAAGGGCUGAAUAUCUCCCACUCCAUUCGAAUUCAACCUACAACAGCUUCAACAUCCUUUGUGGAAAACAAUCGCCCUCUUCCGAAUCUGCAAACCGCUCAAAAUCAAUGCAACGAGGGACACCAAGAAUUCAGCGAUUUGCCAUCUUAUGAAGAUGCAAUCAAAAUGCCGAAAAACGCCUAG